GAAACGCGAACGGUGAAAUGUUCAUGACGUUCAUGUUGUUCAUAACCUCCAAAAAUGUUCUCGUUUUACAUUUGUUGAGCAUAUUAAAUGAAUGUGUUGUUGUCUAAGACAAUAAUAAAAAAUAUAUAACAAUGAGCAUCAGUGACGACAGUGAUCAUAAUUUAAGUGACGAUGCACAGGAUGAUGAUGGAGAAAGAACUGAAAUCAGAUCACAACUAUCAUCACUGUCAUUUGAAGAACUGCAAAAAUUAAAGGAGAAAAUUGGAGCUAAGGUUUACAAGGAAGCAAUUUUUGGCAAAAAUGAAACGGAAAGGGCACCUGCAAAGGUUUUUAAAAGGGAAAAUAAGAACAGACCACGCGAGAUGAGCUCAAAAAAACCUGUACCGUUGCUGCAAGGUGUCCCUACUGUCAAGAAAAAGGAAAUUCGGGAUCCAAGAUUUGACCCACUCUGCGGAGAGUUUGACAAAAAACAAUUCUCAGAAAAUUAUAACUUCUUAUCAGACAUUCGUAUGAAAGACAUCAAAGCCAUACGGGCAGAACUAAAAGAAACCACAGAUCCAGACAGACAGCUUCAACUGAGGAGACUACUGCAAAGAUUAAAUGAUCAACAUAAAGCAAGUAAAAAGCAUAAAAUUGACAGUGAAAAACUUGAUAAGAAUAAAGAAGCUCUUAAACAGGAGUUCAAAGAAGGAAGACAGGCACACUUCAAAAAUAAAUCUGAACUGCGUGUGGAGGCAUUAGUCAAACAGUAUGAGGAACUGAAAAAGGAAGGUGCUGGACGAAUUCAGCGUCAUCUCAAACGCAGACAGCAGAAAGUUAAAAAACGGUCUCAUAAAGCACCUACAGGUGUCAGUUGAAAUAAAAUUAUCUCUUAAGGAAAGUUCUCUUAUUGAUGA